AAUAAUUGCAGCCUACAGCAUACAUGGUCUCAACAGUUGAACCGUCAAGUCAGUCAGGUCAACUGGAGGACCACCCCCCGCCCUUGUUUGGGCACAGUCCGCCAUCCUACCCCGUCUUUUCUCGUUUGCUCACUUGCUGCAGCAGGCCAAUGGGUACGAUUCCCUUGCGGAGGCGAGUCUGGCUGCCCCUGCAUCAGAGACUGCAUACGAGCAUUUCUGUCUACGGGAUCACAUGGUCUGGUCUGACGUUUGAUGGGUCUGACGCCCGACUGCUUUGUGGUACGGUGGGGGAGUAACUGGGGACUGGGCAGUGGCAGUGGACAGUUGGCAGUUGGCAGUCUUUUUGGGGGUUGGGGGAUAAACAAGGCUGAAACUGACAACACGACUCUCCCUGACUCUCUCACCCUCCCUCCUUCUCUAUUCUUCCUCUUCCUCGUAGUUCAUUCCCUCUGCAGCAUCGGGCCAACAUUGGCAGUUCGGGCAAGUGACGAUGCCCGGAGCAAAACCGUCCUGGGCAGUAAGACACCGAGGGUCGCUGGCUGUCUCGCCCCUCCUUCCUCCCCCUCACGGCCCAUUAUUCGCUCGGGGGUCGGACGCAUGGCUUUGAGGAUCAGGGAACCAUCGCAGUCCUCAUGCGGGGAUGGACGUCGCUACUCGCUAGCCCUCCACGUUAGUCGUCUGCGGCUGCGUAUUCCCCCCCCCAUCGGGCAGGGUGCGAGAAGUUUGGAAAGAAAAAGCAAGAAAAAAAAGAGCAACGAUGGUGGGCACUCUACCCAAGUGCACACUACCCUGCUCUGUACUCAACAGAAAGGAAGAGAAAUCGUGAAAGGAAAAAGCACAUUAAUAUCCCCAGCCCAGGCGAUCCCCUGUCUGAUCCGGAACAACCGACCGAUUCCUCCCUAGGGCUUGCUGAGCGUCUUCCCAUGUUGCCCAAUUGCCACACGCCUGAAGAGGAACUCGCAUCACCGGUCGAUCGCUCAAUUCUCCUCCGCGCUGCGUUGUGCAGGUCUACAUUCCCACGCUGAUCCGCUCGGGGUAUUGGGAGAAGGAUCUCUCGGGCCCAGAGCCUGGACGGAGAGUAUCUUGGGGGGAGGGACAACUCUUAAUUUUUUUUUUUAAAAAAAAAAGAACCCUUAGCAGGCCGCGCA